AUGGUGGCCUGCGAGGACGCGUGCCCCAACAUCGCGGACGUCGCCUGCCUCUUCGUGUUCGGCUGCUGGGGGCGGCUGUUGCAGCUGGGGGCGGCUGUGUUGGGCGCCUUCAUCACAGGAUACAAGACGUGCAAAGCUGGGUGCAAAUGCACUUUCAGACUGGCCAGGAUGAGCACAAGGGCAGCGUGUCGAGGUGCCAAGUGCCUCCUGCGGUUUACGAUCACCCACCUGUGCACCGCACGGCACAAGACAAGUGGCACACCAAAUGGAAACAAGGAAGAUUAUACGGAUCUCCCAACUGUGCAGUACAGCUAUGUCAUCAAGGCACUGCCAAAGCAAGAGCCACCCCAAUACAGAAACAUCCAAGGCCUUGGCAGCUCAUACCAGGCAGCCCACAUACCAAUGGGUGACAUCGAACAAAUCGGAGCAUUCAGGAUCUAUGAACACCAUCCCAGUCGAGCUGGAAUCCAAGUUGCUGGUGGCCAGGGAGCUCCAUUUGACCAUACCUCCUAUCCAGCAAGGGCAAGCCAAAAAAUGCAAGAACAUCUGGCUGGGCCAUGA